UUGUGUGAUAUUUAAAUCCGGGGAAUUAGUGAUAAAACUAUGGUUUGGUUUAAAAUUGUCUGAAAUCAUGGUUUGGUAAUGGCUUACCAUGAUGUAAAACAUGGGCGUGUGGUUGGUUUGCAGCUUUGUGGCUUGCUCCCGAUAUGGGGGUUCAGUUUAAACUCUUAAUUGAUUCACAUAGAGGUGCAAAAUUUUUAGGGCUCCCCAAAAAGGGGGAAGAAAUUAGAGACUGCCGGGAAAGCGCAAUCGUUCCAUUCCGUUCCGUUCAGACUUUGACCUGAAUUUUUUGCUCUGCCCCGCCCCAAAUCUAGCUUCCCUCGGCAUGUCUGGCCCCACCUGGCUGCCCCCAAAGCAAGUGGGGGUCCUGGGGCAGCCCGACAUCACCAUUUCUGCUCCAGCGGUCUGCAAGGCCCAGAAGAGUUUUGCCUCGGUUCCCGCGGCCCCCAAACCCACCCACCGAUCUCAGGAGACCAAUGGAGGGAUGAGCUCAGUGGGGCCAUCCUCCCGGGACCAGCCCCUGCUGCCAGGCCCCGCGCUGCUUCCUCCGGACUCUGCUGCCGAGACCCCCUACUCCUCUGUAGGCGAGCGAGGAUCCAGGGGCUCCUGGGGCAGCGCCUCACCGCCUGGCUACCCCCUGCAGGGGGACUCCCUGGAGCAGGGACAGGCUCUCCCCCCCACCAGCAUCGACGUCCAGAUAGAUUCCCUCACCAGCAUGUUGGCAGAUAUGGAGAGCACCCAGCACCGCCGGGGCGAACGACCGAACGCGGAAUCCAUGCCAUAUCCAGCUCUCCCGCCGCAGCUGAGCGCCCCCAAACCCAGCCCAGCUUCGGCCACCUACAAACCGCCCCUCUCUGGCAGCUUCUUGCCCUCCAGGCCCGACGCCAAAAGCCUGUCCUACGGAGGUCCGCCAGCCCCUGGGCCCGCUUAC